AUGUCAAAACCACGUCGAUUAGGCCGUUUUCUGUUCCUAGGUUAUAUAGUUUUUGGCACGGUACUCAGUCUUCUCAAAGAGAAUGUAAACGGCCUUGUGGAGCGGCCAAAACUCGAGACCUCCACUCCUCAUCAACACUAUUCCACAUGUUUUAAGUAAGUCGUCCCAGAAAAAAUUUGAAUAUUUAAAUUUUUUUUCAAAAAUUUUUUUUAAUUUUUUUUUAAAAUUUUUUUUGAAAUUUCGCCUCUAAAUUUAUUCGAUUCCCCUGUUCUUACUCGAAAAGAAAUUUAAUUUCCUCUCUCUUUGUAAUGUGAUUACAAUAUUCUUUCCGGGUGGACCUAAAGAAGAACAUGCGCUUUUGCACUCCAUCUAGAAUAAAUUUGCACGGAAAAUGGAAAUAAAAUCCGAAAAAAAUCGUCAAAAAAUCCGUUUCGCUGCUUUUGAAAUUUGCGCACAGUGCGAAAAAAAUGAAAAUAAAAUUUUGCACAGUGCGGAAAUCUAAAUUAUAAAAUGUUGCACUGUGGUAAAAAUUGAAACUAUAAAGUUGCACUGUGCAGAAAAUUAACGUCAAAAAAAUUGCACUGUGCAAAAAAUUAAAAUCAAAAAAAAUUUUUUUGCACUGUGCGAAAAAUCAAAACCAAAAAAUGCACCGUGCAGAAAAUUAAAAUCAAAAAAAUUGCACUGUGCGUAAAAUUGAAAAUAAAAAAUGUUUGCACAGUGCAAAAAAAUCAAACCAAAAAUUUUUGCACUGUGCGAAAAAUAAAAAUGAAAAAUCUUUGCACUGUGCGAAAAAUCAAAACCAAAAAUUUUUGCACUGUGCAAAAAAUCAAAGCAAAAUUCCCUUUCAAAAUUUUAAUUUCAUACUUAGAAACUUCUCCCAUCCCGCCUCCGACACCGAUGAAUCUCAAUUCCCCACCGAUCUGUUCACCUUCGAGGAGCGGCGCAGCGGAGCCGUCAUUCUCCAUCUGAUCGGCCUGAUCUACAUGUUUGUGGCGUUGGCCAUUGUCUGCGACGAAUUCUUUGUCCCCGCAUUGGGAGUGAUCACCGAGAAGUUGGACAUUAGCGAGGAUGUGGCUGGGGCCACGUUUAUGGCCGCUGGCGGAUCGGCGCCCGAGUUUUUCACCAGUGUGAUUGGAGUUUUUGUGGCACAAAAUAAUGUCGGAAUUGGGACAAUUGUUGGUAAGCAGGGAGGAUUUGGGGAGGGAGAUGGGUGGAGUUGGAAAAAAUAUAUCUUUUUUGGGAUUUUAUAGAUUUUUUUUAAAUUUAUUAGUAUGCAAAUUUUUCAAAAUUUUAGGUCAACAAAUUUUUGAUAAUUUUUCUGAAGAUUUGAGCAUUUAAAUUUGCAUAUUAUAAUUUUUUGAAAAUUUCUGGAAUAUGCAAAUUUUUUUGAAAAUUUCUGGAAUAUGCAAAUUUUUGAAGUCUAAUUUUUUAAAAUUUUUUUGAAUUUUAUUUUUUUAUUUUAGAAUUAACAUUUGCGUAUUCAAAUAAAAAAAAUUAAUUAUGCAAAUUUCUGAAAUUUAGUUUCUUUUAUUUUAAAUUUUUUUAUUUCAAAAUUAAAAUUUACAUAUUCAAAUUUCAAAAAAACCCAAUUAUGCAAAUUUCGUCCCAUCCAAAACAAUUUUUCCAGGCAGCGCGACCUUCAACAUCCUCUGCGUCCUCGCCUUCUGCACCCUCUUCUCCACCACCGUCCUCUACCUAACUUGGUGGCCACUGUUCCGCGAUGUCGCCUUCUACACAAUCGCCCUGUUGGCGGUAGUCCUAUUCUUCCUGGACGACCGGAUUGUUUGGUAUGAGGCGCUGUUCCUGUUCCUCCUCUACAUAUUAUACUGCACGUUUAUGAAGUACAACGAGGACAUUGAGACGUUCGUCAAGGUGAAGGUGUUGAAGCAAAAGGAGCUGGAGAAUGAUCCGGAGCAGAGGGAGAGCAUUAUUGUAGGUUGCAAAACACUUUUUUGACCGAUUUUUUAUUUGAAAAACAAUUUUUGUUUAACCCAAGGCACUAAUUUUUUCCAAUUUUUUGAUAAAAAAAAGUUUAUUUUUGAAUUUUUUAUGUCAUGACGAAUGUGGUAUUAACGUAUUUUACACUCUGAUUUCAAUAAAACAUCAAAAACAAUCUAUUUUUUCCAAAAAAUUAACAAAAAGAGGAUUCUGGAUAAUAUUAUACCUAAAAACAGUGAAAUCAUAAAUAGAAACUCUCGUAUUUUAUAUUCUGAUUUUAAAAAACAUGAAAAACAAUAAAUUUUCUCGAAAAAAUCACCAAAAAGAGCCUUAGCCCGAUGCGGGGCUCGAACCCGCGACAGCCAGAUUAAGAGUCUGGUGCUCUACCGACUGAGCUAACCGGGCACACCCCAUUUUCUCUCGGUUUUCAGGCCGAUUCGGGGGAAAUCGAUGGGAAAUGAGACAGGGAAGCAGCGAAAAAUAAUUUUUCAAAAAGGAAAGCAAAAAAGUUAAAAUUUAAAAAUAAAAAAAAAAAUUUUUUUUUGAGUAAUUUUUAUAAACUUUUCAGGGCGAUUCCUCCCGCAACUCCUCCAUUCAGCCCGAUUAUCAGCCUCCGUUGAGCAAUACGCGCCAUUAUCAGCAGCCCUCUUCCCUGCAACGGUCGGACUCGUUGGCCGCGGGACGACGUCGCGCUUCGAUGAACUCCCGAAGGCAGUCCAUCCCCAUCCUGCACACCGGAGCCAUGUUCCGCAAUUCGAUGAUGCAGAUCAUGUCCCAGCGGCUGGAUGCUGUGGAUGAGAACGAAAAUCAAGGAAAUGGGCAUUUGAAUCACAGUUUGGAAGGAGGAGGAAGUCGGAGGUAUCGGAAUCGGAAGUCGAGUGCUGCUUGUAUCAAACAAAUUGAUGGGAAUGCGGCGGUGGUGGCGGUGAGUUUUUUUUAAUUGGAAAAAAAGUUUUGCUCUUGUAAGGCAAAAAUUGCAGAUGCUUCAACAACCAAGAGACUAUGGAAAAUUAGGAGAGACGCUCACAAGGGAAGUUCCCCAAGUGCGACGCUCAGAUUUUGAUGAAACUUGGCACAAAUUUAGAAUAAUUUUUUCUAAAUUACAUGCGAGAACCCUAGUUCGCGCUUUGCAGAAACAACCGAGAUUUUUAGAUCGAAAGUCGGCGAAAAUUUAGCGCGAGCUAGGAGAGUAGUUUUAGAAAAAAAAAAUCAAAAUUUGUGCCAAGUUUCAUCAAAAUCUGAGCGUCGUACUUGGGGCACUUCCCUUGUAAGUUUAAACGGAUUUUCGAUUAAAAAAGCGUUCUAAAUUUUUAAAAUCCGAUGGUUUUUGCAAAUUUAAAUCAUCUAUUUUCUCUAAAAAAAGCUAUUGCAAUUUUGAAAAAUGUUUAUUUUAUCAAUGUAUAUAAUUUCAGCGCCCAAAUGGAAUUCAAAAUGGCACUCGAAAGCAGAGUGAGCGGCGAUCAACCAAGGCUGAGAUUGAGACACUGGUAAGUCAAUUUUUCUUUUCAAAAAAGUCGCAAAAAUUGUCAUUUUUGUAUACCAAUUCGUACUUUAAAAAUGUUUUAAAGUACGGAUUUUUAUCAAAAAAAUUUUCAUAUUUUCACCAUUACUAUAUACACUUUUACCAUACAAAAUCUCUACAGAAAGAGGCCCUGGAGGACGAAGAUGAGCAGCCCCUCGACAUUAGUUGGCCAGGGACCCUCAGAAAACGUGUGAUCUACGUGUGUCUCGCCCCAAUUCUCUACCUAUUAUGGUUCACUUUGCCUGAUGUUCGUCGACCGGAGCGCAGAAAAUACUACGUUGUGACGUUUGUCGGGUCCAUUUUGUGGAUCGCCGUGUUCUCGUAUUUGAUGGUCUGGGUGGCCAACACAAUCGGAGAGACGUUCCUGAUCCCCACCGAAGUGAUUGGACUCACAAUCUUGGCCGCUGGAACCAGUAUCCCCGAUUUAAUCACUAGGUAAAAUUUUUUGAAUAUUCAAAUUUUGAAAAUCAAAUUUUUUUUUUAAAAUUUUGUACUGAAACUUACCAUAAAUUGGUGGAUUUUUUAGGGUAUAUUUUAUAUUUUAAGCCCACGUUUUGCAUGAAUUUUUGGGAUUUUUUGGUCGAAAAAAUUUUUUAAAAUGAUUUUUUUUUCAUUGUUUUGGUUUGAAAAUUUCAUAACCUUGAAGUAAAUGUCAUUUCUACCAAAAAUAAAAAUUUUUCCAGCCGAAUUCAAAGAGUUACCUCCGAAAAAGCAGAUUUUUUCUCUGACCCUCUUCAUUUUACGUGCUCUCUCGGAAAAAAGGCUCGCUGAAUAUCUCAGCUCUGCUACCCAGUAGGAACCUGAAAUUUUCAGAGGUUAAUCUACCACCUAUUUACACUAACUGGCCAAAAUUUCAAAGAAUUAUGAGUUCGGGCUACCGCUGAAAAAAAAUAAAAAUUUUUUUUUGUUUUCAAAAUUUUCGAAAUCCCAAAUAACAAUAUUUUCAGUGUGAUUGUGGCCAGAAAAGGGCUGGGCGACAUGGCCGUGUCCAGUUCAGUGGGCUCGAACAUUUUCGAUGUCUGUGUGGGCCUGCCAGUCCCGUGGCUGCUCUUCUUUCUCUUCAAUUUGAUCAAGAAUGGGACCACGGGAAGUGUUCCGGUUAGCAGGUGAGUUCUCGAAAGUUCAACACAAUUUGUAUACACGUAUUUUACAACCCAUUACACCUCCUAUUCUAGGCUUUUUCCCAGUGAAAAAAACAAAAAUAAUUUUUGGGUCAAGCUCAUGGAUAAUAUAGCUGAUAUCUCGAAAUUCAUUUUUCUUUUUGGUAAAUUUAUAUACUGAGUUGAAUCUUCAUUAAAUCAGCUUUCAAAUGAUAUAUCACUCGUCUAUAUCUGUAAAAUCUAACCAUCAAAAUUUUGAGAUUUUUUGAUUUUUCGACAAAUUUCUGUUCAAGAGUAAUAAAAAAUUAAAAAAAUCGGUAAAAUACAGUUCUCCCAAGCCUAUUUCUCACUUAUAACCCUAAUAUUUUACUAUUUUUUUCCAGCAAUGGUCUCAUCUGCAGUGUUUCGAUGCUCUUUUUCAUGCUGGUCUUCCUGGUCGCGACGAUUGCACUGUGCGGUUGGAAGAUGAACAAAUACUUUGGCGUGUUCAUGCUCGUCGAAUAUUGCGUCUUCUGCACCGCCUCGGUCUUCUUGGAGUUGGGCAUGAUCACAUGUCCGUUGAGGAUUUGUGUGUAA